CUCGUAUCCACCACAUAAUGCUUUCUGGCUGUCCAACUGUCAUGUCACUUGGAAUGUGAGGACAUUAACAACCACCUCCAUCCAUGGCCCAAGCAACUAAGCCUAGGACUUACUGUGCCCAUACGCCAAUCACGAUGUGGUUGUGAAACAAAAUCUUGCCUUUCCGGGCCCCCCCUUUAAUGCAGUUUCCUGCUAUCAAAUGAACCAGUCAAAAAAUAAAAAAAAAACACAAAGAAUGGUUUCUAUAUCACUUUGAAUCCGGGACACGGUCGGUCGUGUUGUCAUCAAGAAGAGAAAGGAGUUGCUGCCCAAAUAAAUCCCUUCACCAUGGAUGCAUUUUCCAUUUCGUAUUCAAGCGAUGCCGAAAAGCAAGCCUCUUAUAUGUAUCAGGAUCUGCAGAGUCUAUACUCACACAAUGCCAUAGAGAAAACACAUUUCAAAACCCCGCCUGCGAUGCGGCAACCAUCAGACACAAAUACUCAACAUCAAAGAAAUUUCGACCCGGGGCUGUCACCUCACAUUGGCAUUAUCGGGGCCGGGCUUGCCGGGCUGAGAUGCGCUGAUAUCCUACUUGAGAGAGGAUUCAAAGUCACCAUCCUCGAAGGCAGGAACCGUAUCGGCGGCAGAUGUCAUCAAGAAACGCUGCCCAACGGCCAUAUGGUUGAUUUGGGUCCAAAUUGGUUUCACGGUACCAAGAAAAAUCCUUUGCUUGACUUGGCAAAGAAGACCGGCACUGAGAUUGGAGAUCGGGAUUCCAAGACUUGUGUCUAUGAUGAGGAUGGGCAGCUCUUAUCCAAUGAGGAGGCCGAGAAGUUUUCGACUUUGAUGUGGGAUAUUGUCGAGGACGCCUUCAAAUUCUCUAAUCGUUAUCACAAAGACAGCAUUGAUUCCUCAACGAGUCUAGUGGAUUAUUUCAAGGAGAACGUUGUCAAAAAGAUCCCGGAUACCGAGCCAGACUACGAGAGGCAGAGGUCUAUGGUGCUUAAGAUGUCUGACCUCUGGGGCGCCUUCGUUGGUUCUCACAUUUCCACGCAGAGUCUCAAAUUCUUUUGGCUAGAGGAGUGCAUCGAAGGAGAAAAUCUCUUCUGCGCUGGCACUUACCACAAAAUCCUCGCAGAGGUUGCCAGGCCAGCCUUAGAGAAAGCCAGCAUCGAGUACGAGACUGUGGCAACCAAGAUUAAUAGCAAAGACACGAGCACCGGAACCGUCAGGGUUUCCACAUCCAAAGGCAGAGACUACGAGUUUGACGAGGUCGUCAUCACUGCACCUCUGGGCUGGAUGAAGAAGAAUUUGGAUGCUUUUGAGCCACGUCUUCCCUUGCGUUUAGAGAAAGCGUUCAAGAACAUUGGCUAUGGGGCACUAGAAAAGAUCUACCUGAGCUUUCCCAAAGCAUUUUGGCUCAAACCUACCGCGAACGGGCAAGUUGUUGACGGUUUCUGUCAAUGGUUGCGCCCAAACUACGCACAAGACACGAACCCUGCGCGUUGGACUCAGGAAAUAGUCGAACUCGCUUCCUUGCCGGAGCCCACAUCACACCCAACACUGCUCUUUUACACCUCAGGAGAUGAGUCAAGGCACAUCACCAGCACACUCGCGUCGCUUUCUGGAUCAAAGGAGAAACAGCAGGAUUUCAUCUUCAAAUUUUUCCACCCGUACGUAUCCCUACUACCACACUACGACGUUGAAUCUCCAGACUGUCAUCCGACGGGAUACCUGGCAACGUCUUGGCUUCAGGACGAUCUGGCUGGGAACGGAAGCUACAGCAACUUCCAGAUCGGGUUGGAGAAUGGAGCUGAAGACAUUCGCGUAAUGAGAGAGGGCGUGCCGGACAGGGGAUUGUGGAUCGCAGGGGAGCACACGGCGUCGUUUCUCGAGCUUGCGACUGCGCCGGGUGCAUACUCGAGCGGUGAGUGGACUGCCUCUAGGAUUGCAAAGGCUUAUUCUCGAGGCGACCUUCCAUCCGUGGGGCGGCAAUAGUUGUUGGGACAUGAUUUUGUUUUUCUUUUGGCCGCAGUUGUUUUUCUUUCUUCUUUUCCGAGAGAAUUUGGUCAUAAUAUGAGCCUACGUGAAGGCGCAAAGACACACUAUUGAAUGUCUUGAAAGCCAUCUCACUGGAAAUAGAAUGCAUUUGUGGAACAGUCACUGAUUUAGUCUCAUUGGUUAACAUGCAAGUGGUGCAGACAGGUAUAUAGACAGCAAUAAAGUGGAAACAUAGC